ACACCUCAUCGCUUUAGAAAACGUAUAGAUAUAGAAGAAGAGAUACACAACCUCCCAUUGGAAAUUAAAAAAGCUAAAAAUUAUUCAUUCACUACAAAAUUCCCUUCCUUUUCUCUCAUAUCUUUGGAAAAAUCCCAAGCCUAAUUCGUAUUCCACCGUCUAAGAUAACUGACCAGUCUCUGAUCAGACACCCACUUUCUCUCUCUCCAAUUUGAUCCAAGUUUUGCUGUUUUUGGUUAAGAAUAAAGGCAAAUUUUGUGCAGUUGUUGACGGAUGCAGAUGGGUUUUGAAGAAUCCUGGUUUCUCUGAUAUGUUUGAGACUUGAAGUUUGCUGAUCCAUACAUAUUUCAAGCAAUUUGCAUCUACUCAUUCGCCAAGUUUGGGCACUGCAAACUGUGGCAGUGCCCAUGGACGCCACAACGAGUGGAACCCCAACUAUUCAAUACCAUAACAUUCCUGACCAGCCAAUUACUGCUAUUGUUUCCUCACCUGUACCAGCAUUUCAGCGACAGCAACGCCAUUGCUUCGGGGAUUCCAUCCCUGGAGAAUUCCCCUUGUCUGCCAAUCCCUCCAUUGUCCUCCAUGUCCUGACAGCAUGUCAUUUGGAUCCUCAAGAUCUUGCAAAACUAGAGGCAACAUGCUCCUUCUUUAGGCAGCCUGCAAACUUUCCCCCUGACUUUGAAUUGUCCUUAUCGGAGCUUGCUGCUCUGGACAUGUGCCAAAAGAGGGCUAUAUUUAGGCCAAUGACCACAGAAGAACGCCAAGAGUUGAAGCGUAGAUGUGGGGGGUCAUGGAAGCUGGUCCUGCGGUUUUUGCUGGCUGGAGAAGCAUGUUGCAGGAGGGAGAAAUCGCAGGCGAUAGCAGGGCCCGGUCACAGUAUUGCUGUGACAUCAAUGGGAGCUGUUUACUCAUUCGGCUCUAACAGCUCAGGACAGCUUGGACAUGGCACCACUGAAGAGGAAUGGCGGCCUCAGCCAAUCAGAUCUCUGCAAGGCAUUCGAAUUAUCCAAGCAGCUGCUGGGGCUGGCAAGACAAUGCUGAUCAGCGAUGCUGGCCGGGUUUACGCCUUCGGAAAGGACUCCUUUGGUGAAGCCGAGUAUGGAGUUCAAGGAGCUAAAUUGGUUACUACUCCACAGCUGGUUGAGUCGUUGAAAAACAUAUUUGUGGUGCAAGCAGCAAUUGGAAAUUUCUUCACGGCUGUCCUGUCACGAGAAGGCAGGGUUUAUACAUUUUCUUGGGGCAACGAUGUCAAACUUGGUCACCAGACCGACCCAAAUGAUGUGGAGCCCCAUCCUUUGUUGGGGGCACUGGAAAACAUACCAGUGGUGCAAAUUGCAGCCGGAUACUGCUACCUUCUUGCUCUGGCCUGUCAACCUAGUGGCAUGUCAGUAUACUCUGUUGGGUGUGGCUUGGGUGGGAAGCUUGGACAUGGUGCAAGAACCGAUGAGAAGUACCCCCGACUAAUUGAACAGUUUCAGCUUUUGAGCCUUCAGCCAAUAGUUGUUGCAGCUGGUGCUUGGCAUGCUGCUGUGGUAGGGCGGGAUGGACGGGUCUGUACAUGGGGUUGGGGGCGUUACGGGUGCUUGGGUCAUGGGAAUGAAGAGUGUGAAUCAGUUCCUAAGGUGGUGGAAUCCUUGAGCAAUGUGAAAGCAGUUCAUGUUGCUACAGGGGAUUACACAACCUUUGUGGUCUCUGAUGAUGGUGAUGUAUAUUCAUUUGGCUGUGGAGAAUCCUCUAGUCUUGGACAUAAUGCCGGUGCUGAUGGACAGGGAAAUAGGCAUGCAAAUGUGUUAAGCCCAGAGCUGGUAACAUCAUUGAAGCAAGUAAAUGAGCGUGUGGUACAGGUCAGCCUCACCAAUUCCAUAUACUGGAACGCCCACACUUUUGCCCUUACUGAAUCAGGAAAGCUAUAUGCAUUUGGUGCUGGAGAUAAAGGGCAGCUGGGCAUAGAGCUUGUUGCCAACCAGACCGAAAGGGGAAGCCCAGAGCUGGUUGAUAUUGAUCUCAACUAGCUGUUACUUAGCUUUACCUGCCUCUCUACUUGCACCACAUAUGCUUUAUCCUCUAAUUUAUCAUCAUCACAUUAUCAGCAUUUGGUGUUUAGAUUUCCUUGUUUAUUUUGUACAUAGAAACAAAGAAAAAAAAAAAUUGUGAAGGUUCAAGCUAGGUACACAGGGACGUGGGUUGUUGAUAUCUGAAAAAUUGGCUUGCACUUAGGCUUCAAGUAGUUAAUAGUUGAUACAUUUGUCAAGGUUCAUUAUAACCUAUUUUAUCUCUAAUUCAAUUCAUUAGUCAUCU